ACCCCACGCGUUUGCUGUUCCUCUUUUUCUCUCUCGCCUUAUCUUUUGACAUUUUACCCACCUAUUCUCUCUCCUCUCUCUCUCUAACAGUACCUGCCAGAAAGCCGGGGAGGGGGGCGGCUGAAGAGAACUUCAUCACCGCGUCCUGCACGCACCGCGUCUCUUCCUCCCCCUCCCCCCUGAAGUCUCUCUCUCUCUCUCUCUCUCUCUCUCUCUCUCUCUAGGCUCAAUAAACCUCGUCUCUGAUUAUAAACAGAGCCUCAUUGCGCUCAACUCUCAUUGAGCCUUGUUUCGUUUUGUUCUGAAUCUUGAUAUCUCAUCACCCAACAAAUCAUCUCUCCUCUCUCUCUAGAAUUGUUUUUUUUUUUUCUGAAAGUUUGGUUAUUUGGUGGAAAUGGGGACAGUGGUGCCUGAAAAUUACACAGCAACCCCCAAUGGCUUCCCUGCUAUUCCCACUCAUGGCGGACGAUUCGUGGAGUACGAUAUAUUUGGGAAUCGAUUUGAAAUCACUUCCAAAUAUAGUCCCCCGCUUAUUCCCAUUGGACGUGGAGCUUAUGGUCUCAUCUGCUCGGCCCUCAACUCAGUGACCAAUGAACAUGUGGCAAUAAAAAAGAUAGCUCGUGCUUUCGAUAAUCGGAUAGAUGCGAAGAGGACACUUCGAGAAAUCAAACUCCUUCGUCAUAUAGAUCAUGAAAAUAUCAUAUCCAUCAAGGACAUCAUCCCACCACCUCGCCGGGAAGCGUUCAAUGAUGUCUACAUUGUCUCUGAACUCAUGGACACGGAUCUGCAUCACAUAAUUCAGUCAAACCAAGAUUUAUCAGAGGAGCACUGUCAGUACUUCCUAUAUCAGAUCCUUCGUGGAUUGAAAUACAUACACUCUGCUAAUGUACUUCAUAGAGACCUAAAGCCUAGCAACCUUCUUUUGAAUGCCAAUUGUGAUCUGAAGAUAUGUGAUUUUGGCCUAGCUCGUACCUCUACUGAAGAUGACUUCAUGACUGAGUAUGUCGUGACAAGAUGGUACAGAGCCCCUGAGCUCCUUCUCAACUCUAAGGACUACACAGCAGCCAUUGAUAUAUGGUCUGUUGGUUGCAUUUUCAUGGAGUUAAUGAACAGAAAGCCAUUGUUUCCUGGAAGGGAUCAAGUACAUCAGCUUCGAUUACAAACGGAGUUGCUUGGCACGCCAACAGAGUCCGACAUAGAUUUCAUUCACAGUGAAGAUGCAAAAAGAUACAUGAGGCGACUCCCUCCUCUUCCUCGGCAGCUGUUUCGCGAGAAGUUUCCUCAUGUCCAUCCUUUGGCUAUCGAUCUUAUGGAAAGAAUGCUUACAUUUAACCCCUCUAGAAGAAUUACAGUUGAAGAGGCUCUUGCUCAUCCAUAUCUUGCAAGUUUACAUGAUGAGGGAGAUGAGCCUACCUGCCCCGAGCCCUUCUCCGUCGAGCUUGAGCAACAAGCAGUGGAUGAGCAGCAGAUUAAGGAGCUCAUACACAGGGAGGCCUUAGCUUUCAAUCCAGAGUAUGCCCGUUUCUGAAACUGCAUACCUAGCUAGUGUGCUCUAUUUAUUUCACGAAUGCUUUUACUUGGUGUGAGUCUGUGCAUCCAUAUUCCUUCAAUUACUUGUGCCAUUCAAUGGGCUCUUUUUUAUUUGAAAUUGUAUAUACUAGAAGACUGUUUAUAUUUGGUACAAGUUGACAGCCAACCUUAGUUGUCUGAUGGGAAAUUAGGUGGUUAGGGUUGUGCAAUGGUCUUAUUUUUUAUCUCCCUUUUUAGUCUUAUAUAUGUUGUUGUGUUGUAAUGCAUGUGACCGGAUCACCUCCACUCGUCUGAUUUUCAUGGGAUGGAGCCUAUGAAGUUUCAUGUAAAUAGAUCCCAUCAUCAACUGAUAAGCUUAUCUAUCUUAUUUGAAUGGAGUUUUCCUUGUGUCUUC